ACUGCGACAGCUGAUUUCGCUGACACAGAACAACAAAAUAAAGCAGCAGCAGCAUCUUGGAGAGUUUAUUCAGUUUAAAUAAAACUGAAUAAAAGAAAAUCCAACAAUGAAAAAUCACGUCGAAGAAGAUGUGGAUAUUUUCCGUGACACUCCUGUUAGAUAUUUGGGUUACACUAACGAAGUUGGAGAAGCUUUCAGAAGCAUAGCUCCGGUGUCCAUAGUAAAGUUGAGUUAUGUAAUAGCGAGUGGCUAUGUACUGGCUGAUACGAUUCACAAAGGAAUUCAAGUUUACAAGAAAGAUACGAGCGAUGGUAGAAACAAACGAAUUGUGCUCUCGACAACAGAUACUUUGCUGUGGCAAAGUUUUGCAUCGGUCAUUGUGCCGGGCUUAACGAUUAACAGAAUUUGUGCUACUGUCCGUUUCAUGCAACGAAACGCUAAAACUUCAUCAAUGAAAAGUCCAUGGCUCUCAAUAAUGGUUGGACUCGUCUCCAUUCCAUUUAUCAUUCACCCUAUCGACAAAGCUGUUGAGGAAACUAUGAAUUUAACGUUCAGAGAAUGGAUCGGUUAUCAUCCCAAAGCUGAACCUUCGUUGAAUCAAGUUAAAUAAUUGAAACUGUUACAAGAACGCUCUUUGCUUCUUUGUACAUUAAAACGUGUUCUAGUACAAACGCUAAAUGUACGCAUUCCACGUGAUAUAUGACAGUGUCCUCAUGAGCGCAAAGUAUUAAUCGUAUAUUUACACGUAUAAUAUUGUUAGAAAUGUAUACACGCUAUACUUUUUUUGGCUCAAUAAAUAUUGUUAACGUUAUCGAAAACAUAAA